AUGCACAUGAGAGACCCGAUUUCUUGUUCCUCCCUCUUCAUCAGAUCGAGAAGGCAUCGGGCGAUCGAGAAGGCAUCGUGGCUGGUCUUAAUCUGUUGGUCUCUUUUUCCUUAUUCCACGGAUAUUGUUGGUGUUGAUCUCAUGGAAGGGGUUCCUCCUGAUUUGGAACCUGAUUUACCGUUUGAUCCUUUGAAAGCUAAAUCAGUCACUCUUCUUGUCAAUAAGUUUGAAUCAGAAGUGAAAUCUCUUGUGAUAAAAGGAUCGAGUGAUGUGAGUAAAUCUAAAGGCCCUAGGUCUGGAGUGAAUUUGGUGGAUUCCCUUUUGGAUGUUGGAUGUGAUGCGAUUUCUAUUGAGAAUAAGGGCUUGGGAUUAACGAAUGGUUCUGAGGGUGCUGUGAUGGGAUCGAAGAUUUCUUCUAAAGUGGUUAUGGCUGAUAUAUCUGGUUCUCUAAUGGUUAAUCAUGUCAUUCGCAAUCCCAUUAAGGAGGAUGAAGUGAUAGAAGGUUUCAAGAUUGACCAAGGGAUAAGUUGUCAUUAUUGA